AUGACAGCUUCCAUCAUCUCCGCUCGUUGGACCAAGCUUGUGGCGACCCCUCGCCUCUGCCGUUCUUCGCAUAUCUUGUCGGCCGAUGCCUCUAAAAUCUUCAUCUUUGGCGGAGAACUCCUGCCCCGACAGCCCGUAGACAACCAUGUCGAUCUAAUCGAGAUCGAUGCAGAGUUGAAAGCCCAAGUCAACACACUGCCAGCACCAGACAAUGCACCUUCAGCACGUGUUGGUUCAGCUAGUGUCACCGUUAAUGGAAGCAUCUGGCUCUUCUCCGGACGUGGAGGUCUAGCCAUGGAUGCGGUUGAAGAAAAUGGAAGCCUCUGGCGAUAUGAAGGCACAAGCUCCACUUGGCAGCAAAUUCUCACCAAAUCGGCAACAUAUCCCACGUCCCGCAGCUACCAUGCAAUGGCAUUUGAUGGUAAGCAAACCAUCUAUCUUCACGCGGGUUGCCCAUCCCAAGGCCGACUCUCCGAUCUGUGGGCCUUUGAUACCGAGACUCUUGUAUGGACUGAGCUUCCAUCUGCUCCCGGGCCUGCACGAGGAGGAACAUCAAUCGCUUUUUGCGAAGGCAAACUUUAUCGAAUGGGUGGCUUUGACGGAAAUUCAGAGCAAGGAGGCGAGCUUGACAUUUAUGAUCCAGCAUCUCAAGAGUGGCAUACUAUCACAUUCCCCUCUGAUGGCGUCCAAGGACCAGAGGCGCGCAGUGUAGCAACUCUUCUCGCAGUCCAAUUGCCAAGCAACGAAAAUGCUCUAAUCACCAUGUUUGGAGAGCGAGAUCCUUCGUCUCUUGGCCAUGCUGGAGCUGGAAAGAUGCUAGAUGACGUAUGGGUUUUCAAUGUCAAAUCCUCGACAUGGAGCAAAGUCUCAUUCCCCGAACAGAAUGCCCCAGCAGCUCGAGGAUGGUUUGCCGCAGAUGUCAUGACGCAGCAAGGCGGGGAUGCGGUAAUUGUUCAAGGGGGUCUUGCAGAAGACAACACUAGAUUGGGAGACGCAUGGAGGCUGGACUUUUUGUAA